AUGUUUGACUUUGUAAGCGUAGCGUCAGCCAAUGAGAAAAUCGUCGUUUUCGAGAGAAAGGAGUUCAUGAAAGUCAUGGUUGAAAAGAGAAUGAAUCCUUACCGAGAAAUCUGCCCACAUCAGUCGCACGCGAUACACACGCGAUGGCUCGCCAAAUCCUUUGGGGCCGGACAUCCUUCUGAAUUCCGGCUGUCGUUAUUCAGUGGCAAAUUGAUAUUGACUUCAAUUGCGAUUCUGGGUGAACAAUGUCUUCUCACGUAUCGCCGACGCUCCGUCGAAAAGAAGAACGGUAAACCUUGUACAGGGGGAGGCUGUGAUUCUGUGAAAGACAAAUCAUCGAGACGACUUCGAGAACAGUCUGUGGUCGGCUACGGAAAAACAAUAACGACAGAAACGUCAACUCGCGACAAGUUACAGAGGGGCGAGAAUAAACAUGAGCAGGCGCACAAAUACCGUAUUGUUUGCGCAAUACCAACAGAGGAGGUGGAGCAGUCGCAAACGUUGUACGAGGAAACUGCAAUGCCAUCCGAGUCGACGCAAGGAAAGAAAGGCGGCCUAAAGGGAAGUCUGUUCAACACGGCAACCUGA